ACAUGUUGUUCUUUGUGUUUCUCUUUCCUACAGCUCAGCGAAAAGUACGGUCCUGUCUUCACAAUAGAUUUAGGCCCACAAAAAGCUGUGGUGCUGCAUGGCUAUGAUGCUGUGAAAGAAGCUCUGAUUGAUCAGGCAGAUGACUUCAGUGGAAGAGGCAAUCUACCACUAUUUCAGAGACUCUUCCAAGGCACAGGCAUUGUGACCAGCAAUGGGGAGACCUGGAAGCAGCUCCGACGAUUUGUGCUCACCACCUUGCGGGAUUUUGGGAUGGGGAAGAAGGGCAUCGAGGAGCGAAUCCAGGAGGAAGCUCAUUUUCUGGUGGAGAGGAUCAGGAACACACACGAGCAACCCUUCAACCCCGGCACCUUCUUGGUCCACGCUGUUUCCAACAUCAUCUGCUCAAUCGUCUUUGGGGAUAGGUUUGACUACGAGGACAAGAAAUUUCUAAAUUUAAUUGAGUUGCUAGAGGAAAACAACGAACUCCAGAACUGUAUACAAGCACAGUUAUACAAUUUCUUCCCAACUGUCAUGGAGUAUUUACCUGGGCCUCAUCAAAAAAUGAUAAAAAAUCUUGAAAAAGUUGAUCAAUUUACUGUUGAAAUCAUAGCGGAGCACCAGAAAACCCUGGAUCCCAGUUGUCCUCGAGAUUUUAUUGAUGCUUUUCUCAACAAAAUGGAGCAGGAGAAAGGGAAUGGUCACUCAGAAUUCAAUGUUGAGACCUUAAGCAGAACCACGCUUGACUUGUUCCUCGCAGGAACAGGGACCACCAGCACCACGCUGAGACAUGGACUUCUGAUUCUCCACAAAUACCCAGAGAUAGCAGAGAAAAUGCAAAAGGAGAUUGACAGUGUGAUUGGCCGAGACCGAAGCCCCUGCAUGGCAGAUCGGAGCCAGAUGCCCUACACAGAUGCUGUGGUCCAUGAAAUCCAGAGAUUCAUUGAUUUCCUUCCACUAAAUGUCCCACAUGCUGUGAUUAAAGACACCAAGUUCAGAGACUAUUUUAUCCCCAAGGAUACUCUAAUAUUCCCUGUGCUGACUCCUAUCCUACAUGAUAGCAAGGAAUUUCCAAAUCCAGAAAAAUUUGAUCCAGGACAUUUCCUGAAUGCAAAUGGUACCUUUAGAAAGAGUAACUACUUCAUGCCAUUUUCUGCAG